GCCUUCUUCUUUCAGAAAAAAAACACAACGGAGAGAGAGAACACAACGAUACAGAAGAGAAGCGAAGGUCACAGAGAGAGACGGACACACGCGGCGGCGUAGAUUUCCCGGCGAAACGGGAACAAAGAGAUUGGGAUUCAGCGAGAGCGUUCUAGGGUUUCCUUCUCGAUUUCGCCUUCUUUGACCUCGAUCUAUUCUCUAAAUCUUCAUUCUUCUUCAUUCAUCGUCCCUCCCACCUCCAUUCUAGGGUUUCUUGAUCCGUCUCGCUACGUUUCCUUACCCUCCCGGUAAACUUCAAUUCGUCGUCUCGCGUAUCUUCGUCUCCUCUAAUUUCAUCAAUCGACCCUGUUGUUGAGUGCGACGAACUUUGGGCGGUGGAUUCUGAAGCAUGAGUAUUGAUAUCCCCGGGGAAGGGGAGGCUUAAGGACGCUUUGGGUAGAGGAAGAAUUGUUGAAGGUUUCCAUGAGCGAUGGGGGUGUAGCAUGCAUGCCUCUACUGAAUAUCAUGGAGAAGCUUCCAGCUGUGGAGAAGACGCUUUGUGGAGGCAACAAUGAUACCAAGCUUGCUGCUAAUUCUGAGAAUGGCCACGCAUCAAUCUCAGCUAAUGAUGAUAAGCUUCCAGACUCUCAGCCAGCUCAGCCACCUAAGAAGAAGAAGAAGAAAAUUGUUAAGAAGGUAAUUCGUAAAGUUAUGGUGAGAAAGCAGAAGCAGCCGAAACAGCAGGCAGUGCAACUCCCUGGAGAAUCACAGGCUCAGACGAAAGAGCACGAUAAGAAGAGUGAACCUCUGCAUGAGAAUACUUGUAAUGGACAACUCGAAAACGGUGGAGAUUCUGGGUUUAAAGAUGAAGUGGAAGAGGGUGAGUUAGGUACAAUGAGUUCUCAUGGGGUUUUGGAGAACGGUGAAAUUUCGCCGGUGAAGUCAUUGCAGAGGAGUGAGAUCGAAAAGGGCGAGAUUUCUGGGGAGAGUUGGAAGAAAGAUGAGACUGCAAAUGCGGAGUUCAGUUACAUGCAUUAUGAUAAAGGGUACGCAGAGAGAAGGGAUUUAUCCUCAGAUAAGUACAGGAAAGGGGAAGAGAGAGACUUCAGGUCAUGGAGAGAUCCCAGUGAUGAAAUUGAGAAGGGGGAGUUCAUCCCAGACAAAUGGCAGAAAAUGGAUACAGUAAGGGAUGAUCAUAGUUACAACCGGUCUCGUAGGAAUGGAUCAGACAGAGGGAAAACGUGGAGAUACGAGUAUGAUUAUGAACAUGAACGUACCCCGCCUGGUGGAAGGUUCGUGAAUGACGAUUUCUAUCGCCGGAGAGAAUUCAGAAGUGGGAAUGACAGGGCUACGAGGAUCAGUUCUAAAAUUGUAAUAGAGGAUAAUUUACACAAGAACGAAUACAACGACCCCAAUGGUCUUGGGAAGAGUAUUCUUCUACCGUGAACAAGCUGAAGCGACAUGGAGCUGAACCGGAUAGCUUUGAGCGCAAACACUCUUAUGAUGAUUAUGGGGAUUAUGGGAGCUCCAAAUGUAGAAAAAUUUCUGAUGAUUAUUCCCGUUCUCUUCACUCAGACCACUAUUCACGUCACUCUGUUGAGAGACCCUACAAAGAUUCAUAUUCA